AUGUAUGGAGAUUUGGGCAACAAAUUGGUUCAACAUGCCAAACGGACACAGAACCUGGCACACUUGCCGCCGUAUCAAACAGAGAUCGUGCGCGGCGUGACGAGAGAAGUCAGGGAUCUCGAUAAAGAUGUCGCCAGCAUGCUGGAGCCCUUUCAAGGAUCGUUCGACCCCAAUGCGGACCAAGCGACCGCGUGUACUUUGCUGGUCAACCACCUGUCCAUGAGGCGCAAUAAGCGGUGCCUGCUUGCGUACCACAGAACACGGACAGACAAACUCGAAGAGCUGGUUUGGAAUGGAGCUGAUGUCUUAGACCUCUCCGGGCAACAGCAAGGAGGCAUGAAUGGCGACGCUGGAACCAGCAGCCUCAGUCCUCAAGAGGAGGACUAUGUGCGGCAGUAUAGCGACUUGCUGGCGGCUUACAAGGGCCAGUGGACCGAUAUCGACCUGACUGGAAGCUUGGAACCGCCUCGUGAUCUGUUCAUCGACGUCCGGGUCUUGAAAGACGCGGGUGAGAUCCAGACAGAAUAUGGAGCUAUUACUUUGAGCAAGAACAGCCAGUUCUACGUCCGCCAAGGCGAUGUAGAACGCCUCAUAGCACAGGGCUAUUUACAGAAGCUUAGCUGA